AUGAGUUCUUCUCCUGAUGCCUGUCUCAGCCUCUUACUUAGGUUUGCGAUGAUAUCCUCAUCGUUUGAGUUAGAUGCACCGGCAAUACAAAGGACAUUUGAGGGUUACCAUUACCAGGCAAUACAAAGGACAUUUGAGGGUUACCAUUACCAGGCAAUACAAAGGACAUUUGAGGGUUACCAUUACCAGGCAAUACAAAGGACAUUUGAGGGUUACCAUUACCAGGCAAUACAAAGGACAUUUGAGGGUUACCAUUACCAGGCAAUACAAAGGACAUUUGAGGGUUACCAUUACCAGGCAAUACAAAGGACAUUUGAGGGUUCCCAUUACCAGGCAAUACAAAGGACAUUUGAGGGUUACCAUUACCAGGCAAUACAAAGGACAUUUGAGGGUUACCAUUACCAGAGAAUACAAAGGACAUUUGAGGGUUCCCAUUACCAGGCAAUACAAAGGACAUUUGAGGGUUACCAUUACCAGGCAAUACAAAGGACAUUUGAGGGUUACCAUUACCAGAGAAUACAAAGGACAUUUGAGGGUUCCCAUUACCAGGCAAUACAAAGGACAUUUGAGGGUUACCAUUACCAGGCAAUACAAAGGACAUUUGAGGGUUACCAUUACCAGAGAAUACAAAGGACAUUUGAGGGUUCCCAUUACCAGGCAAUACAAAGGACAUUUGAGGGUUCCCAUUACCAGGCAAUACAAAGGACAUUUGAGGGUUACCAUUACCAGGCAAUACAAAGGACAUUUGAGGGUUACCAUUACCAGAGAAUACAAAGGACAUUUGAGGGUUCCCAUUACCAGGCAAUACAAAGGACAUUUGAGGGUUACCAUUACCAGGCAAUACAAAGGACAUUUGAGGGUUACCAUUACCAGAGAAUACAAAGGACAUUUGAGGGUUCCCAUUACCAGGCAAUACAAAGGACAUUUGAGGGUUACCAUUACCAGGCAAUACAAAGGACAUUUGAGGGUUACCAUUACCAGAGAAUACAAAGGACAUUUGAGGGUUCCCAUUACCAGGCAAUACAAAGGACAUUUGAGGGUUACCAUUACCAGGCAAUACAAAGGACAUUUGAGGGUUACCAUUACCAGAGAAUACAAAGGACAUUUGAGGGUUCCCAUUACCAGGCAAUACAAAGGACAUUUGAGGGUUCCCAUUACCAGGCAAUACAAAGGACAUUUGAGGGUUACCAUUACCAGGCAAUACAAAGGACAUUUGAGGGUUACCAUUACCAGAGAAUACAAAGGACAUUUGAGGGUUCCCAUUACCAGGCAAUACAAAGGACAUUUGAGGGUUACCAUUACCAGGCAAUACAAAGGACAUUUGAGGGUUACCAUUACCAGAGAAUACAAAGGACAUUUGAGGGUUCCCAUUACCAGGCAAUACAAAGGACAUUUGAGGGUUACCAUUACCAGGCAAUACAAAGGACAUUUGAGGGUUACCAUUACCAGAGAAUACAAAGGACAUUUGAGGGUUCCCAUUACCAGGCAAUACAAAGGACAUUUGAGGGUUCCCAUUACCAGGCAAUACAAAGGACAUUUGAGGGUUACCAUUACCAGGCAAUACAAAGGACAUUUGAGGGUUACCAUUACCAGAGAAUACAAAGGACAUUUGAGGGUUCCCAUUACCAGGCAAUACAAAGGACAUUUGAGGGUUCCCAUUACCAGGCAAUACAAAGGACAUUUGAGGGUUACCAUUACCAGAGAAUACAAAGGACAUUUGAGGGUUCCCAUUACCAGGCAAUACAAAGGACAUUUGAGGGGUCCCAUUACCAGGCAAUACAAAGGACAUUUGAGGGGUCCCAUUACCAGGCAAUACAAAGGACAUUUGAGGGGUCCCAUUACCAGGCAAUACAAAGGACAUUUGAGGGGUCCUAUUACCAGGCAAUACAAAGGACAUUUGAGGGUUACCAUUACCAGGCAAUACAAAGGACAUUUGAGGGGUCCCAUUACCCGGCAAUACAAAGGACAUUUGAGGGUUCCCAUUACCAGGCAAUACAAAGGACAUUUGAGCGUUCCAGGGCAGCAAUAUAG